GUGAGUAUCAUAAACAAUUUCAUAAGUCAUAUUGCGUUGAUGACUACAGCACUGAUGCAGCUACUAGUGUUUUUUAUUCAGGCAAUUAUUCUCUCUGAUGCCAAAAGCAGGUCAAUUGAAGAAGAGACCUCUGACACCCGUGUGGUGGGCGGACAGACGGCUGACGUUGGGGAGUGGCCAUGGCAAGUGUCCAUUCAGUACUACUACGGCGACGUGUGGAGACACAUCUGCGGAGGCACCCUAAUCCGACAGGAUGUUGUUCUGACGACUGCGCAGUGCGUGACCGCUCUAAGUACAUCAUCGUUGAGAGUGGCGGCCGGAAUGAACAAAAUAUCAGAUGGUGGAUUGACAUCAGGAAUUUCUAGUAUAACCGUGCACCCACAGUACGGAAGCAGUUCUCCUGGAUUCCCCAACGAUAUCGCCCUGGUAGUGCUACAGUCGCCAUUCCUUGUAGGUGGAUCCAUUCAGGUCGCCACUCUCCCCACUAGUAAGACAGAAGAUUUCUCGAACAUCGUGGACUGCUGGAUGACAGGAUGGGGAAAGACAGCUGGAAAUGCUCCAGGUUAUUCCGACGCAUUGAUGGAAGCUCAGCUGACCAACAUAAAAAACACACAGUGUGUGAAUCAAUGGUCUGGUGUCAGUGGUGCUACGAUCCUGGACUCGCACAUAUGUGCCUACGAAAUAGGAAAGUCUUCUUGUAGUGGUGACAUUGGUGGCCCGUAUGUUUGUAUGAAGGACGGAGUGUUCAAGCUGGCUGGAAUCAUGUCGUGGGGCAUCAAUACCUGCAAUGGGGAAUACCCCAGCGUUUGUGUCCGGGUGUCCCACUUCUUAGACUGGAUAUCCAUCUCCAUUUGAGAGACUUGGAGAGUACAAUGUUAUUCAUUAAAGAUAAUGAGAACAA